CCGUCCGAGUGGUGGUAGUAGCCUAGUAGGGUAACUUCAAAACGGCACGAUUGAUUGAGAGAGGGAAAGGAAACUGAGCCGAAAAGACGACAUGGCGGCCUCUGAAAUUAACCCUAGAAUUGUAGAAAGCUAACCCAACUUUAACCGCGAUCUCCAACCCGAGGUGAAACUGAUUUAGGCGGGAAAAUCUUCCAGAAAACUUGCGCGGCACGACUCCUUCGGCUCCCUCUCUUCAUCAAUCCGGUAUUGCACAAUUCUCGUUCCCCUCCAGCUUCACUUUUAAAAGCUACCAUGAUUAGCGGUCGUCGGACCCGUUCUUCGACGACGAGCGAGGCCGUCGGGAAAGGUGCUUCGACGACGACUGAGGCCGUCGGGAAAGAUGUGCUGCCAGUGGCGAAAGAAGGAAGCGCGGACCAGCCAGUCGUGCUUCUGGACGAUUCUCGUUUCGAAUCGGAGGUUGCAAAACUACGUAAACGAUGGGAACUAGCCUCCGUUUUCAAUUUCCUCAGCGUUUUUGAACCAGUGAUUGGAAAUGAUCUGAAACUCUCAGCGGAAGAGAUUGAGAACGGUUUAAUCAAGACUAACAGAUCAAACGCUCAGCUUCACAUUGCGCUUUUGAAGGGAAUACCACCUGUAAGUAAAGUAUUGAAUGGUUCUGAUGCAUGGGUGACUGCUCUUUGUAAGAAACUUGCUAUGUGGUGGCCAUGGGUAGCUGAAGGGAAAGUUCCAUUAAUGGCAGCUAAGGGGGAGGAGAUAUCCAGAUACAAAGAACUCGAUCCAACAGAUCGUUUAUUGAUCUUGAAGGCGCUUUGUGAAGUCCGAGCUGAUCAACAAGAUGCACUCUCUUACAUAAAUGAUGCUUUAAAACAAGGAAAUCAAAUAUCUUGUUUUCGCAAAGAUAAAAUAGGAGGAGAUGGAAGUGGGACUUUCUAUUGGUACGAUGGGAACAAAACUGUUGGACAUAGAUUAUACAGGGAAGUAAAUAUAUAUCAGUCAAAGAGGAAUUCUAAUAGUAAACGAUGUUUAACCCCACCAGCUAUCAGUUGUCAAUGGGAAACUAUUGCAACCAAUCUUGAGGAAUUUCGUAAAGUUGUGGAUGAACUCUCAUGUAGCAAAGCUGUAGCAGAAGUUGAUGUUGUUAAGACAAUUGAAACUGAUGCAAUUCCCAUUCUCGAGAAACUUCAGAAGAAUAAAGAAAGGGCACUCAAACGAAAGCAAAGGCAAGAUAUGCUCCUGAAUAGUUUUAGUCAUCCUCAUAUUGCUGGAAUUACUCGUUCUUGUCGAACUCGUAAUCCUAUCAGCUACACAUUUGAUGAAUAUGAUCGGGCUAUUGAUGAGGCUAUACAACUAACAAAAAAGGGGAAAGCUACUCUUGAGCAAAGUCCAGAAAGGGAGGGUGCUGAGCGUGGAAGAAGGAAUGGGGUCCAAGAAAUGUACACGGGCUCGAAAGACAAUCCUGGUGAAAGAGGCGAUUCCAUGGAUAGUGACAUCGAAAGUGAUGUGCUUCAAGAAGUUGGUAUUGACGAUGAGAAUGAGGAUGAGGAUUAUUAUGGAAAAGAAGUUGAUAUUGAUGAUGACUGUGACUUGGGAUAUUCUGAACCGGACAGGAAUCGUUCAACUCUUGAUUCUCAGAAGGCUAAUGAUUUCGGUAACCAGAAGCUUGAGGAGACGAGACUGGCUGGAGCCACAGCACAUCCUGACUUGAACACCAGAGGCUUGGGUACAAAGAAUAGGUUGAGACAAAGACCCACCCGUAAUUCUGCCCUUGACUCUCUUGUUAUACCUGAUUCAGAUGAUGAAAAUGUACCAGGAAAUACUUGGGAGUGUCGGGAGAUGAAUGCCUUUCCCCAGAAGAAUGAAGUCAGUGGGCUGAAAAAGACUUGAAAUAUUAUCAGACCUAAGAUGAUAUUCCAGGAACAGGAAGUUUGUACCUCUUAUGGAGGGGAAUUUUGAAAAAAUACGUUUUGUGAAAGUGAAGGUAAUGCUAACACGCACGUACGUGUUCUCUCUCCCCCUUGGAACCAGGAACUGGAAUUUCUACUCUUGAGCCUGACUUCCAAGAUUUUUGCUGCUUUUUAAAUGCUUGAAAGAAAGAUGGUCCAUACAAGGUCGAUCGAUCCCCGCUUUAUACAUCCCUCCCAGCUUGUUUCUCUUAUUUAACUUUUGAUACCUUCAGCUCUGCUGACGACAAAUGUAACGACAUAAAGUUCUAUGAAUUAGUGCAUUUGUAUUUUGUUCUA